AUGUAAUACUCCUUACAUAUUUAUUUGCUUGAACGUGUGAAGCCUUUCAUUCAAAAAGCGGACACAAGUCUCCGAAAAUCUAUAUCUGCCGCAGAGCGGCUCAUUGUGACUCUUCGUUAUUUGGCCACUGGGGAUAGCAUGCACAGCUUAAGCUUCUUGUUUAAAAUGUCGAUGCCUACGACAGCUGCUGAAUGGGAAAAAAUAGCAAAUGUGUUUAAAAAUCGCUGGAAUUUCCCACACUGUAUUGGUGCUCUGGAUGGUAAGCACGUGACAAUACAAGCACCGGCAAAAUGUGGCUCACAAUAUUUCAACUAUAAGAAGACAAAUAGUGAAGUCUUAAUGGCUUUGGCUGACGGAGAGUAUAAAUUCACGUAUAUUGAUGUUGGAGCAUGUGGUCGUGAUUCUGAUGGCGGUGUAUUUGCACGUUGUUCAUUAUCAAAAGCCUUGGAGCAAAAUACUGUAAACUUGACAGACCCGAAGCCACUCCGAAAUGGAACCGAGCCAAUGCCUUAUGUUGUUGUAGCUGAUGAUGCGUUCCCACUAAAGCCAUAUCUUUUGAAGCCGUUUGCAUUUAGGCAGCAGGAUAUGAACCAGAGGCCCGAUUCAGAAUUCUUCGUAGACCUAUUGACCUUCAACCAUCAAAAGCCACAAAGAUUGUGCUAG